UCUACCACACUGGCUCCCCAGGCUCCCUGGUCUCUUCCAAGGCUAAAAGCCUUCAGCGAAAUCGAAAUGUCUGGAGCGAGAAGUAGAGCUUUCCCUUCCCUCUGACUUCACACAGAACCAAACAGGACGAGAGCCUGCCCCCUCGAGUGGGUCUGAUCUGAGGUCGUCGCAGCAAAAGUGUUUGGGAGAAUUCCUUAUGUGCCAAGCAACUCUCAUCUCAUCUCAUCCUCACAAGGGCCCUAUGCAGUCAGUAUAGUCAUAGACCCCAUUUCAUGGAUAGGGAAACUGAGGCCCAGAAAGGAGAAGCCACGUGUCCUGGGACACACAGCUGGUGAUGGUGGAGCCCAGAUAGGAACUGAGAUUUGUCUGACUCAGAGCCUGAGCUAUUGGCCCUGCUCACUGUUGUCAAGUGUCACAGUGGGUGGGGUGACUUAGGAGACUAGGAGAAGGUGUAGCCCCCAACCCUUGCUGAGGCCUGAAUUCCACAUAUGAUGCCUUACAGCAAGGGGCAUUUUCACCCAUGUCAUUAAUUUUCCAUGCAACCCUAUGGGGUCAGCAGGGUAGCUUAUCAGGCCCAUUUUAUAGAUGCAGAAAAUGAGGUCAAAGCUUGUGACUGGCAAAAGCAGGACUUGAACCUAGGUCUGUUUGACUUCCAGAGUCUGGGUUCUUUUUCGUACCUCACUGCCUCUAAAUGACGAGGACUAAGGCUUGUAUACAGCCAAGCCCAGAACUGGGCCCAGCCAAUAAAAGGCAUCCUUGUGGCUAUGGCUGCAGUUGACCUUCUCCUUCUGUCGUUCUCCAGGAGUCACCGGAGGGGUGAAGGAUGCUGCUCUGGGUGUUCUUCCUGGUGAUCCUCACCCUCGACAGUGGCUCCCACUGCUCCCCGCCAUCCCUGCCCCUCAGAAUGCCUCGGUAUGCAGAUGCCAUCUUCACCAACAGCUACCGGAAGGUGCUGGGUCAGCUGUCUGCCCGCAAGCUACUGCAGGACAUCAUGAGCAGGCAGCAGGGAGAGAGAAACCAGGAGCAAGGAGCAAAGGUACGGCUUGGCCGUCAGGUGGACAGCGUGUGGGCAGGUCAAAAGCAGAUGGCGUUGGAGAGCAUCCUGGUGGCCCUGCUGCAGAAGCACAGGAAUUGCCAAGGAUGAGGAUUCCACCUGUGUCUCAUGCCACCUGCAGCCAAACACAACUGCAUCCAGUUACUCCUAUUUAAUUUCUGACCUACCUUUUUCCUUCACAGAUACAAUAAAAUUCCCCCAUACUGUUCUGCAUCUCAAUUUCCUUUUAUCUUCUGCCUAAUUUUGUAUGUGUUUUACACAGUUCCAUUUCCCAAAGAGGUAUUACAAGAUAUACUAC